GGGCCCACGCCCCACCCACAUCUCGAGGCAGUAGCAGAGGAGAGAGCGGCCAACCAAGCCACGCCGCAUCGCCGACCCAGCGCGCCGGCACUCCCUCCACCUCCGGCGGCGAGGCGGGAUUUUCGUGGGGGAUUGGGAUUUUUUUUUUUCCUCUACCCGGGAUUCAUGGGUGUUGGAUUAGACCAAUGUUUGAGGGACUUAAAAUAGACUUAUUCCUAAUCGGAAUCCCGUAUCGGCCCAACAGAAGUUGCAAUACCCAGUCAUCCCUCCUCUGGUCGAUUGGAUUCCCCUUCGCUGGCAUCCGCUCGUCCAGACCACCGCCGCCGUCCGCCGGCCGCUUCCCCUUCGCCGCCGGGAGCAAGAUCAGGCGGCGGGGGCUCGUCGGGAUCUGCCCCCAUCCAUGGACUCGCUUGGCGCCGCUUCUGAUUGCUCCGCCUCGCGUUGAUGCGCUGCGCGCGGCAUCGAGCCACAAGUAUGUAACCACAGCCAGGGAAUUGUUGGAGCAGCUAGGAGCAGAAACUACUCCAGAAGGGAUAUCAAGUGUAUCAAAAGCUAAGAUAAGUGAGUAUUCAGAAAAGAUUGAAGCAUUGGCUGCCCGGCUUGCUGUUCCAGAGCAUAUGGUUUACUUUGUUUUUUCUUCAAACAAAAUCAACUUACUUUUCAGAACAUGCAGCCACAAUAACUCAUAUAGAUUAUACUUUUCAUUGAUUUUUUUUGUUCAGCCAGAAAAUGAAGUGCCAGUUGAUGAGAAUAGAGAGGUAGAAAGCUCUUAUGAAGGAGAAAAGCCAGGAAGUCCAAUAUCAUUAUCAUCAGGAUUACGUAGGAGACCAAUAGCUCACACCGAUGUUGGACCUAGCAGUCAUGCGAGAAAGGAUAGAGACAUUGGAGCACCUAUUAAAUUGGAUGCAGAAGCGCAGGCUCACAUUGAGAAGCAUAGGAAGCUACAAGAAGAUCUGACUGACGAAAUGGUUGAGUUAGCACGCCAACUGAAAGAGAGCAGUCUCACCAUGCACCAAUCUGUUCAAGAAACAGAGAAGAUCCUUGAUUCCACCGAGAGAGCUGUUGAGCAUAGCUUGGCGAGCACUGGGCGUGCAGCCACGCGAGCAGCAGAGGUGUACUCGUUGGCUUCCAAGACGACAUGCUUCCAGUGGCUGCUCAUCUUCAUGAUGACAUGCAUGUUCAUUAUGGUGGUUUUGCUCAUCCGGGUCACCUGAGUUAUAGCUGCGUCCGCCGAAAUAUUGAACUAGUAUCUGAUGAUUCUGUUUGACAUUGAGUUUUGUAUUCAGUUCUGACAUGAACAUGAACGGAAACAAAGAAAAGAAAACAAAAACGUUUGGAAAGCGUC